AUGUCUUCACUUCUACCGAUCAAAUUUCAAGAACAUGUCUUGUUACAAAGUUUGGGUAUAAAUGCAGCAAAUAUUGGGUUUGCAACAUUAACGAUGGAAUCAGAUAAAUUUAUUGUUGUGAGGGAAAAAGUUGGUGAGAAUGCUCAAGUUGUCAUUAUUGCUAUGAAUGACGUCAAUAAUCCUCUUCGCCGACCAAUCACUGCUGAUUCGGUAAUCAUGAAUCCUGCAACGAAAGUUCUAGCUUUGAAAUCAUCUCGUACUCUUCAAAUUUUCAACAUUGAACUGAAAGCCAAGAUGAAAGCAUAUAAUAUGCCAGAAGAUGUGAUCUUUUGGAAAUGGAUCAAUGUCAAUACGAUUGCAUUGGUGACGGAAAUUGCUGCAUAUCACUGGUCACUUCAAGGUGAUUCGCCUCCUGUAAAAAUAUUCGAAAGGCAUUCAACAUUAAGUGGAUUCCAGAUAAUCAACUAUCGAGCAGAUGCGGAAUGUAAAUGGUUGUUAGUGAUUGGAAUUGCUGCUAAGGAUAAUCGUGUGGUUGGUGCAAUGCAAUUGUAUAGUACAGAGAGGAAGGUAUCACAACCAAUCGAAGGACAUGCAGCAUGCUUCGUGAGCUUUAAAGUUGAAGGGAAUCCACAUCCUAGUAAUUUAUUCUGCUUCUCUGUUCGAACCACGCAAGGCGGAAAGCUUCAUGUUAUCGAGGUAGGUAGCCCACCAACUGGUAAUCAGCCUUUCCAAAAGAAGCAGGUAGAAGUGUAUUAUCCAGCCGAAGCUGCUACUGAUUUCCCGGUUGCAAUGCAGGCCUCAUCCAAACACGGCAUCAUAUAUCUAGUGACGAAAUAUGGCUAUGUACAUUUAUAUGAUAUCGAGACAGCAGUAUGCAUUUAUAUGAAUCGAAUCUCAUCAGAAACUAUCUUCGUCACUGCCGAAUAUACUGCUACCGAGGGAAUAAUUGGUGUGAAUAGAAAGGGACAGGUUCUAUCAGUAAGUAUUGAUGAGCAAAAUAUGAUCCCAUACGUGACACAAACGUUGCAAAAUCCGGAGCUUGCGUUGAAACUAGCAGUACGUUGCGACCUUCCAGGAGCUGAAGAAUUAUUUGUUCGUAAAUUUAAUUUGCUUUUCGGCAAUGGGAACUAUUCUGAAGCUGCAAAAGUUGCUGCUACUGCUCCUCAGGGAAUUUUAAGGACACCGCAGACAAUCCAGAAGUUCCAACAAUGUCCGCACAGCGGCGGCGGACCAAGCCCUCUACUCCAAUAUUUUGCAAUAUUACUUGAUCAAGGCCAACUGAACAAGUAUGAAACGUUAGAGUUGUGCCGACCAGUACUAGCGCAGGGAAGAAAACAGUUGUUAGAGAAAUGGCUUACUGAGGGAAAACUUGAAUGCAGUGAGGAAUUAGGAGAUCUAGUCCGUCCACAUGAUGUCAACGUUGCACUCUCUGUUUAUCUUCGUGGUAACGUUCCUCAUAAGGUUGUCCAGUGCUUCGCUGAAACAGGACAAUUUGAUAAAAUUAUUUUAUAUGCUAAAAAAGUGAAUUUCGAGCCUGACUAUUUAUUUCAACUCCGACAAGUAUUACGCUCGAAUCCGGAGAUGGGAGCUAAAUUUGCACAGAUGCUUGUGUCAGAAGGUGAAAAUGAACCGUUAGCCGAUAUUAACCAGAUAGUUGGAUGUUUCGAGGAAGUGCAAGCAAUACAACCAUGUACAUCGUUCUUGCUUGAAGUUUUAAAAAGCGAUAAGGAGUCGGAAGGACAUCUUCAAACAAAACUGCUUGAAAUGAAUCUUCUUUAUGCUCCACAGGUAGCAGAUGCCAUAUUAGGUAAUCAGAUGUUUCAUCAUUAUGAUCGUGCAGCGAUUGGACAAUUGUGUGAGAAAGCAGGUUUAUUGCAACGAGCUUUGGAGCACUUCACCGAUCUAUAUGAUAUCAAAAGAACCGUUGUUCACACUCAGCAUCUUAAACCUGAUUGGUUGGUGAAUUACUUUGGGCAGCUGUCAGUGGAGGAUUCAUUGGAAUGUUUGAAAGCGAUGUUACAAACAAACAUGCGACAGAACUUGCAAAUUGUUGUCCAAAUAGCCACUAAAUACCAUGAACAGCUUACCACUCACGCGCUUAUUGACCUGUUUGAAUCGUUCAAAAGUUAUGAAGGACUGUUCUAUUUCCUAGGUUCUAUUGUUAAUUUCUCGCAGGAUCCUGAAGUUCAUUUUAAAUACAUACAGGCUGCUACUAGAACUGGACAAAUCAAAGAGGUAGAAAGAAUUUGUCGUGAAUCAAAUUGUUAUGAAGCGGAACGAGUGAAGAAUUAUUUAAAAGAGGCUAAAUUAACAGACCAGUUGCCUUUGAUCAUUGUAUGUGAUCGACAUGAUAUGGUACACGAUCUUGUCCUUUACCUUUAUCGAAACAAUCUACAGAAAUAUAUCGAAGUGUUUGUGCAGAAGGUGAAUCCGGCACGAUUACCAAUUGUUGUUGGGGGUUUAUUGGACGUAGAUUGCUCGGAAGAUGCAAUCAAACAGCUCAUCAUAAAUACAAGAGGAAAAUUUGAUAUAGAUGAAUUGGUCGAAGAAGUAGAAAAGAGGAAUAGAUUGAAACUAUUAGCGCCAUGGCUAGAGAUGCGUGUUCAAGAAGGAACUACUGAUUCAGCCACGCAUAAUGCCCUUGCUAAGAUCUACAUUGACGCCAAUAACAAUCCUGAACGAUUUCUUCGCGAAAAUCCGUAUUAUGAUUCACGGAUUGUCGGGAAGUAUUGUGAAAAAAGAGACCCACAUUUUGCUUGUCUCGCGUAUGAACGUGGUCAAUGUGAUGCCGAACUUGUUAAU